GGCGCAGCCGGCGCGCCCGCAAGAUGCAGGCCAUGGACGCGGCCGUGGCAGAUUUGUACGAGCAGGGCGGCACGGAUCUAGCGGGCUACGACUUCGAGCCGCUCCCCACUCUGCCGGAGGACGAGGAGAACGUGUCCCUGGCCGACAUCCUCUCGCUGCGGGACAGCGGCCUCAGCGAGCAGGAAGCGUGGGCCGUGUGCCUGGAGUGCAGCCUGUCCAUGCGGAGCGUCGCCCACGCGGCCAUCUUCCAGACCCUCUGCAUCACGCCCGACACCCUGGCGUUCAACACCAGCGGGAACGUGUGCUUCAUGGAGCAGCUCAGCGAUGACCCCGAGGGUGCCUUUGUUCCCCCGGAGUUCGAUGUGACCGGGAACACCUUUGAGGCUCACAUCUACUCUCUGGGGGCCACGCUGAAGGCGGCCCUCGAGUAUGUGGUGGAGCCCGAGCCCGAGCCCAGGCUGAGCCAAGACCUGGAGGCGCUGCUGAGCCAGAUGCAGGCAGAAGACCCCCGGGAGCGGCCCACCCUCGAGAGCGUCAUAGCGCUGUGCGAGGAGAAGAUGCGCUUCACGUCCUCCUGCCGUCUGUGCCGGAGCCUCUCGGCCAUUGGGAGGAGGGUGCUGUCCAUCGAGUCUUUCGGAGCAUUUCAAGAUGUCAGCGAGAGCUCCUGCAGCGGGCGGCCGGCUGCAGGAGGCACGGGGCCCAGAAAGCAGCCCGGUGGCCGUGCCGCAGACAUGGAGGACCUGGCCCCGCACCCCGCCCACGAAGCCCAUGGCACCCUGGAGCAGCCCGCCGCCCUGCCCUGCAAGCCGCUACUGUCAGCCCCCGUGAGAAACGGAGAGCUGGCCAGCCUGGUCCUGAACACCCAGCGCCCCCUGGGUGACCUGGAGAGGAGCCGCCUGAGGAAAGUGCAGACCUUCUCCAGGCUCCUGCCCGACGGCCCCGAGGCCAGCGCCCUCUGCCUGACGCCGGGCCCCGCCGCAAACCAGCUGCCCACCCCGGAGCUCUCUCCUCCAGACCCCAGGAAGGCUCUUCCGGAAGGGAAGAAUGGCCUUUCCAGCCACAAGACACAGCCCAAGGCCAGACUGUGGCCGGAGCAGGAGCCUGAGAUCCGACGAGGAGGAAUGGGAGGCGCCAGCCGAGGUGGGGACAGGGCGUCCGGGCUGCCAGGCUGGACCCCUGUGGAAGAAAGCCCCCCACGCCGCCCCAAGGACCCUGGAGAUGCAGGCCGAGAGCCCGGGACUUGCAGGCCUGAGGAGGGGAUUCUGGACGGAGCUGGGGAGCCGGCGAGCACAGCCACAGAGCAGGGCAUCUCCCUGCAGGACCUCCUGUGCCAGCUGGGCCGGCCCUUCAAGGAGUACGAGCUCUGGGCUCUGUCCCACGCGUGUCUCAGUGCUCUGCGCACCCACAGCGAGCACCCAGCCUACCUGUGCCUGGACUCCGUGCUGGUGGCCGAGGACGGGGUGGUUCUCUUCGGCCCACCUCCUGCCAAUGGCACUUACGACACGUUUUUUCUGGCUCCUGAGGUUGCAGAGCGAGAGCUGGUGACUGAGAAGGCAUCCGUGUACUGCGUGGCUGCGGUCCUGUGGACAGCAGCCAAGUUCAGCGUUCCCCGAGACCACAAGCUGGCCCUGCCGCGCAGGCUCAAGAUGCUCCUCUUGGACAUGGCCAGACGCAGCGCCCAGGAGCGGCCGUGCGCAGCUGAGGCCAUCAAGGUAUGCGGCGCUUACCUUCUUCAGCGAGGCAUGGACAGCAGGAAGAUCUUAGCCCACCUGAGGGCGUCGACCUGUAAGGUUGACCAGGAGGAAGAGACCAUCGGCCUCCAGAACGGUCUCUCGGUAGUGGAACUGAACCCCAGUGCGAUGCCCACUCCCGGGCCCAGCUCAGGCUUUGUGCAGGUCGGCAGGGACACCAGGCUGGUGGCAGUACAGGGGCCCGUGCCCACUCAGCCCUCCUGCCGCAAAGGGGCCGCGUCGCUGCCUGCCGCCUUCACUUCGGCAGCCACACACUUCAAGCCCAUUGUUCUGGCCCCAUAUGCUGGUGACCCCAGGGACAGGGAGGGCAAUGAGAAGCAGGCCCCCGAGGCCCAUGGAGCAGCCUCCAGCCAGAAGAUUCCUGAUCAGCCGGUCCCCGGUGCCGGACCACAGGGAGCAGCCCCAGAGCCCCUCAGAGAGUCUGUGCCGAGAGACGUGGGCCAGGGGAGCCCCUGCACCCCGCCCCCUGCCCCGGCCAGCCCUCCGGAGCGGGCUUCACCAGCGAUGCCCGCAUCUUCUACCGCUCUCCCACCCCUGAAGGCACAGGUGCCUCCCGAGGAGCAAAGGCCAGACGGAGUAGCCCUGCCUGGAGCCUCUUCUGGGGGCCUCGGGCCUCAGCCCCCAGGGUCCAGUGCAUCCCGCCAUGACCCGGGUCACCCAGCCAAGCUGCCCAGGAGCAAGGCCACUGAGGGCCCAGGCCAGGAGCCCGGGAGUCCCCUGUCAGCCCCGAGGGACCCCUCCCUGACCAAGGCGAGUCCAGACAGCCCCAAGGGCACCUCGGUCCCAAAGGAGGAUGACCAGGCCCCAGACAGUCACCGUGAGCGGCCCCUGCCAGCAGACCACAAGCUCUGUCCGCCCAGUGUGGACGCCUCACCCCUCCCGAAGAGGACGGCCUGUCCGUCGCUGCAGGAGGCCAUGCGCCUCAUCCAGGAGGAGUUUGCCUUUGACGGCUACCUGGACAACGGGCUGGAAGCUCUGAUCAUGGGGGAAUAUAUUUACGCCCUGAAAGACCUCACCUACGCCACGUUCUGUGGGGCCAUAUCGGAGAAGUUCUGUGACCUGUACUGGGGGGAGAAGCUGCUGUCCAAUCUCUUCCAAGUGGUGAACAGGAGGACGUCGCCCUCGGGAAAUGUCUCAGGGGAGGCCGAGGCACAGCCCCAGGCUGGCGGGACCAGUGCUCCAAGCAGCUGCUCGCUGUCCAGCAAAAGGCCGUCACUGCACGGGGCAGGGAAGGAGAAGCGGGCGCCCUGCCCACCCCCGUCGCUGUCCGACGUGGACGCCGACGAGCUCUCAAGGGGUAACCUCGAGGUGGGAUUCCGGCCCCAGAAGUCGGUCGAAGCCGAGCGGGAACAGCAGCCGGAGGCCGGAGAGCACGGCCAGCAGGGUGGGGGUCCCGAGGCAGUGGCCCGGCUGCCCCGGCCCAAGGAAGGUGGCCUGGCCGGGAGCCUGGGCCCGGCGGAGCUCCAGAGCUGCAGCCCCGGCUGGUGCAGCGCCUUCUACGAGGCCGACUGCUUCGGCGCCGACGUCCACAGCUACGUGCAGGAGCUGGCGAGGCAGAAAGCCGGCGGGGCCGCCGACGCCCAGAGCCCGACCUCUCUCCUGGAACCUGAAUGCCGCCAGGAGCUGGAGCAGCAGCUCAUGAUAGAGAAAAGAAACUACCGGAAGACUCUGAAGUUCUAUCAGAAGCUCUUACAGAAGGAGAAGCGAAAUAAAGGCUCCGAGGUGAAGACCAUGUUGUCCAAACUGAAGGGGCAGCUGGAAGAAAUGAAGUGCAAGGUGCAGUUCCUGGGACUGGUCAAGAAGUAUCUGCAGGUCAUGUACGCCGAGCGGUGGGGCCUGGAGCCCUGCGCCCUGCCCGUGAUCGUGAAUAUCUCAGCGGCCCACUGCGACACGCUGGACUUCAGCCCCCUGGACGAGUCCUCCUCCCUCAUCUUCUACAACGUCAGCAAACACCCUCGCGGCGGCAGGCAGAGGAAGGCCCGCGUCCUGCAGGCCGGCACGCCCCUGGGGCUCAUGGCCUACCUCUACUCCAGCGAUGCCUUCCUGGAGGGCUACGUGCAGCAGUUCCUCUACACCUUCCGCUACUUCUGCACGCCCCACGACUUCCUGCACUUCCUGCUGGACCGCAUCAACAGCACCCUGUCCAGGGCUCACCAGGACCCCACCUCGACCUUCACCAAGAUCUACAAGCGGAGCUUCUGCCUCCUGCAGGCCUGGCUGGAAGACUGCUACGCCGUGGACUUCACGCGGAACUCCGGGCUCCUGGGCAGGCUGGAGGACUUCAUCUCCUCCAAGAUCCUGCCCCUGGACGGCUCUGCAGAGCACCUGCUGGGCCUCCUGGAGGUGGGCACUGACCGGCGGGCCGAGGGCACCUCGCGUGGCACAGACCUAGAGGACCCCAAGGAGGCAGAGGAGGACACCAAGCCUCUCAACGCCCUCUGUAAGAGGCUCUCAGAAGACGGCAUCUCCCGGAAGAGCUUCCCCUGGAGGCUGUCCCGGGUCAACGGGCUGGCGCUGCCCCACCACAAGGAGCGCCAGUACACCAUCGCGUCCGCCCUGCCCAAGCCCUGCUUCUUCGAGGACUUCUACGGCCCCUACGCCAAGGCCAACGAGAAGGGGCCCUACUUCCUGACGGAGUACAGCACCCACCAGCUGUUCUCCCAGCUGACCCUGCUGCAGCAGGAAUUGUUUCAGAAGUGCCAUCCCGUCCACUUCUUAAACUCCCGGGCCCUGGGCGUCAUGGACAAAAGUGUGGCCAUCCCCAAGCCCAGCUCCUCCGAGUCCCUGUCGGCCAAAACCUGCAGCUUAUUUCUGCCCAAUUACGUCCAGGACAAGUACCUCCUGCAGCUCUUACGAAGUGCGGACGACGUCAGCACCUGGGUGGCCGCGGAAAUCGUGACCAGCCACACCUCCAAGUUGCAGGUGAACUUACUGUCCAAAUUUUUGCUGAUUGCGAAGUCUUGCUAUGAGCAAAGGAACUUUGCGACAGCCAUGCAGAUCCUGGGCGGCCUGGAGCACCUCGCAGUGAGGCAGUCCCCUGCCUGGAGAAUUCUUCCUGCAAAGAUAGCAGAAGUCAUGGAAGAGCUGAAAGCCGUGGAGGUCUUCCUGAAGAGCGACAGCCUGUGUCUGAUGGAAGGGCGGCGCUUCCGGGCCCAGCCCACCCUGCCCUCGGCGCGCCUUCUGGCCAUGCACAUCCAGCAGCUGGAGACGGGGGGCUUCACCAUGACCAACGGGGCCCACAGGUGGAGCAAGCUCAGAAACAUCGCCAAGGUGGUGAGCCAGGUGCACGCCUUCCAGGAGAACCCCUACACGUUCGCCCCCGACCGCAAGCUGCAGUCCUGCCUCAAGCAGAGGAUCGCCCGCUUCAGCGGGGCCGACAUCGCCCUGCUGGCCGCGGACAGCAGGGCCCCCUCCCACCAGAUCUCCAGCGAAAAGCACUCCCGCAAGAUCCAGGACAAGUUACGGAGAAUGAAGGCCACGUUCCAGUAGCAGCGGGACGGCGGACCUGACGUGAAUGCCGAACCGAGGGCAGAACUGGGGUAGAAAAGAGCCACCGCCUGCUGUCCUCGGCCCAGGGAGUCCGUGCAGUCCUGUGCCCCCGUGCAGGGCUCAGCCAGGGCGUCGGGGCGCAUGCCCGGGGGGCUCUGGGGGUGGAGGUUCAAGGGCCUUGCCAAGAGGGAGAGGACGGGGCUCUGGUGGAGGUCGGGGUGUUUCUGCUAGUUUAAACUAUAUUUAAAAAUUUACACAAAAAUAGAGUAAGUAAACUCCCCAGGAGCCACAUACCCAUUUAUACUUCUUAGAGAUAAACGGCUCUCCACCAACUCUCCAGGGGUCCCGUCCCCCCAAAGCCCCACACCCACCCACUCGGACUCAGAGCAUUGUUUUCCUGAGUCUGGCUUAUGCCCAGCAACCAAGGACCAAACUGACCUCUGACCCCAUGCCAACCACAGGCUCCAGGGGUGUCUGAAACCUUCCCCUAGGGCCCUCAGGCUUCCUCCCCAGCAGCCCAAGCCCCAGCCUGGGUCCACACUCCUACCCCAGACCUCCCCCCACCCCCCAUGUUCCCCUUCCCCAACCCUAGACCUCCUGCCGCCCCCAAACUCCCCCUCCUGACCCCAGACCUCCCCCCACCCCCCAACAUCCCUGUCCUUUUCACUCAGACCUCUCUCAGAUCUCCUCCCACAUCCCAGAUGUCCCCCCUCACCCAGACCUCUCUCCCCCCACCCCAGA